CUUUACUUUCUCUCUUCAGAAACGGAUAAUUAGCUUGUAAGUUUUAGAGGAAGUCUUAAAAAGGUACCACGUAAGAAAGAGUUUGUUUUCUUUUUUGCAAGUCUAGUAAAAAAAAAAAAGUCACAAGCCAAUAGAAAAUGUUCAUCUCUUAGUAAGCAUACCCAGCAGAUAAAAUUAGGAAGCCUCCUUUGCUUCUCCAUUGCCUGAGUCUAACCUGAUGGGACGGUAGAAUGCAACUUUGAUCAUGGACAUCCCCAGCAGCGACUCUGGAAUGUUGUCUCUCUCAGAAAAGAUGAAGUUUGCAUCAACUGGAAUCACAACAUUUGAAAUAAAUGAGCCAAAUGUCAAGAAAAGGACUUGUAGAUGUUGUAUGCGGGCUGCUCUUAUAACAUACCUGCUUCUGCUCACGGCUGGCCUGGGAUUUUUAAGCUAUAAAGUCAUUUCCCUUUCCCAGCUGAGGAUUGAUAUGGAUAACAUAACACGCUCACCAAGAGUGGAAGAAAAAUGGAUCCAAAAUGUAGACCACAAAAUCUACAUAAUCAAGCUGAGCAACCAACAGUUACAAUGGAAAGUGGCCAACAUGACCCAACGACUUGAAAAUGGUUACGUAGGAAUGCCAGGACCUCCAGGGCGUGCUGGUGAAAAGGGGUCAAAAGGGGAUCCGGGACCUACUGGACCCAAAGGUGCAGCAGGCAUUCAAGGACCGAAAGGGGAAAGGGGAAGUUCAGGUUUAAUGGGUCCCAAAGGAUCAUCUGGACCACCAGGAGCUAAAGGUGAUCAUGGGAACACGGGUCCACCAGGAAGUCGUGGUCCAGAAGGGGCAAAAGGGCAGAAAGGAGAAGCAAGUAACAUCCCAGGGCAGAAAGGUGACCGUGGAGAAAAGGGUAGCAAAGGAGAUCGAGGCUCUCCUGGCUCUCCUGGGGCAAAGGGAGAUACGGGAAUGAAAGGAUCCCAAGGGAUACAAGGAUAUAAAGGUGAAAAGGGUACUGAAGUUGGAUACAGUUCCAUUAUAAGACUUGAUGGAGGAUUUACUCGUGGCCGAGUUGAGAUUCUGAACAAUGGAGAAUGGGGCACCAUAUGUGAUGAUGGCUGGGACCAAAGCGAUGGAAAGGUGGUAUGUCGAAUGUUGGGAUUUAGGCGUGUAAUAAAUACCUUCACUGCACCUGCAGGCACUGGACAAAUCUGGCUGGAUGAUGUACAAUGCUCUGGAAAUGAAUAUUCAAUCCUUUCAUGUACUAAAUCAAACUGGGGCCAACACAACUGUGGCCACAGUGAAGAUGCUGGCGUAGAGUGUGGCUAACGGAAGAUGCUUCUGCACUGCAAGCUGUACAAUUAAUGCAGAAUACUUAAAGAAAUACUCAUGACACUGCCAUUCAGUGUUCAAUUCUGAGCAGUUUAGACAAUGGAUUAUUACUUUUUCAGUCCCACAGAAUCAAUGCACUGCUAUAUCACCUUUUGCAGAGCCAGGCUAUUUCCAUCCGGUGUGUAAGGAAUCCAUGUUACAUAUCCGGGCUCACCUUCUUAGCAUUCAAACUAGUGAUGUAGUGGAGCCAGCGCCGCCAGCGCCUCUACCUUUUCAGUGGCAAGGUCUCUAAUAUCACCUGCCACCCCUGCCCUCAAAAUUGCCUCCUCCCAGUGAGCUAAGCAGCCAUCCUCAGGGGAGAAAUUAAUUUCCCAGGAAUGCUAUAUUGUUACAAAGCAAAGUAUUUUGGUGUGGCUUGGUUCUGAAUGGGGAAUGAAGACCAAUCUGCUUUAUAAAAGACCUGCUUCUAGUGGACGUGAAAAUGACUAACUUGCUUGUGCAUCUGGGUCAAUGAAGCUGCCUAUAUAUCAGGACUCUCUUUAGGGUGUGUUUAUGGGACAGUCACGAUAGCAUCUGCACUUCAAAACGUACCACUACACCACUGGUUCUGGCACUGUGAACAUUUAUGCAGAAGCAAACCCCACAGGCAGUAAAACCCAUGGGUCAGCUUUGGGUCACUCUUUGAUUACGUAUCAUUAGCAAUCCUCAGCUGAGCCAAUCUGAUGUUUUGUUUUAGCUCAAAAGUAACAGACUGCUUCUAUGCUUUGUUCUUUAAUAAAUAUAAUGAAUUGGAAA